UUAUUAUUUGUAAGAAAAUAUUAUAUUGUUAUUAGAAAUUAUAUAAAAUGAAUAAUGUGUAUUUAAAUUUAUUAAAAUUUAAAAAAUCCUAAAUGUCACUUACAUAUCACGCGCACACGCGGGUUCUAAUCGGAACACAAAUUUCCCAAGAAAAGAAUGCCAAUAGCCGAAGCUGGCUCCUCAAUGUAUACUUGUACAUUUAAGGACCAACCUGUGUAUAUAUCCCCAAUUUUCACAAUUUUAAAUUUAAAAUCAACAAUUAUUAUGAAAAUAUAUUUUUUUUAAAAAAAAAUUAAAUUAGAUACCAUAACAUACACACACGCUCUCUCUCUCUCUCUCUAUAUAUAUCGACUAUCGUACUCUGCUAAAUAAGAGUACAGUCAUGAGUCAUCUCAUGGCGGUUUCGGAACACGCCUCUCCACACAAAGAAGAAAUAACGCAUCUCACUGUACGCAAAACUUCCCUCUUCUUCGCCGGCGACGGAUUCACCGCUUACGAUUGCAGCGGUCAGUUAGUUUUCCGAGUCGAUUCCUACGGCCGCGACAUAGGCGACACCGGCGAACUCGUUCUCAUGGACGCCGCCGGCGGUUGCAUCCUCACUCUCCGCCGCAAGAGGCCGAGCAUGCACCGGCGGUGGGAAGGCUACGCCGGCGAGAGGAUCGCCGGCCAGAAACCGGCGUUUAGCGUUCGGCGAUCCGCGAUUAUCGGAUGGUCGAACGUGACGGUUGAGGCGUACGGCGAUCCAGGCGAGGAGUACCUAAUCGAAGGCUCCUUCGCUUGCCGGAAGUGCACCGUCUUCAAUUCCGAGAAGGAACCGGUGGCGGAGAUCCGCCGGAAGGUGGAUAACUGCGCCAAUAUCGUUCUCGGAAAAGACGUGUUCAUACUUUCCGUUCAGCGCGGAUUCGAUCUCGCGUUCGCCAUGAGUUUGGUUUUGGUGCUCGAUCGGAUCGACGGCGAUGAUAACGCCGUCCACAAAACACGAUUUUAGCUGCACCAAUCCAAUUUACCUUCACAUAUAUAGACCACGACUUCUAAGAGUCGUGUUCCUUCCUAGCUAGCCCUUGGUUUUAGUUAGUGAUAACGGCUACUUACUUCAAAAGUCUUUCUCUAAUUAAUCCGUGAAAGCUUUUGGGCAAUUUUUAUGGAACAACCUUCCUUUAAGUAAAUCAAUGAAAUGAUUGUGAGUUAAAAAUAAAUCUACAAUUGAUAGCAUAAUGACAAUUGCUGAUGUGUGCUGAUUGGAUCUAGUUAUAUUCGAGUAGAUAAUCAUCAUAUAUAAAAAGAAUUUAAAAUUUAAAUUCUAAACUCUAUUUACUUUUAUUUUAAAUUUUAUUAUUGUAGAAUUCAUGAUUAUAUGGAAGUGAACAUACUUCUUUAACAUGAUGAGGUAUUUUGAUUUUGAAUAGCAAAAUUAUGAAUUGAAAU